UUGAAAUGAACCAAUCAAACAAGAAAAACUUGUUUUGACUUACCAAGCUUAACAUUAUUUUAUUAAAAUUGUUUACAUCGUGUAGUGUAAUUAAUUAUUUAAAAUAAAUAAUUUCAAAAAAUGUUUUCUGCUUUGAAAAAGUUAGCUAGAAGCAGUGAUGAUCGGUGCCCUCCUCCAAUGCCAAUGUCUUCCUCGUUGCAGAAAAAGUUUUCUAGAGGAGUGCAUUUUAAUAUGAAAAUAUUGAUCAAAGGAGAUAGAAAUGUAGGUAAAUCGUGCCUUCUUCAACGUCUUCAAGGCGGUCCAUUUAUCGAAGACUAUGUUCCAACAGAUCAAAUACAAGUGGCUCCAAUACACUGGACUUAUAAAAACAGCGAUUAUAUAGUGAAGGUAGAAGUUUGGGAGGUUGUGGAUAAAGGACGUACAAAAAAGAAAACCCCAAUAGGACUGAAGUUAGAAAAUCAAUCAGCCCCAUCAUUAGAGGACAAUCUCGAUGCUCCUGUACUAGAUGCAACCUUUUUGGAUGUCUACAAAAAUACCACUGGUGUUAUACUUAUGCUUGAUAUAACUAAGCCUUGGACAUUUGAAUAUGUUGUGAAAGAACUAUCACAAGUACCUGCAGAUUUGCCAGUUGUUAUCUUAGGAAACCAUUGUGAUAUGCAGCACCAUCGCCAAGUGCAUUCCCACCAUAUUGAACAGGCUUUACAUAAUGCAAAGCAAAUUAGAACAGCUCCAGUUCGUUAUGCAGAAUCGUCCAUGAGAAAUGGCUUUGGAUUGCGUUUAUUACAUAAGUUUCUGAGUAUACCAUUUUUGCGCCUUCAAAAGACAAGUUUGUUAGAGCAACUACAGAGAAAUCAAAGAGAUAUGGAAGAAAUAGAGCAGGAAUUAGAUGAAUAUCAGAAUUCAGAAGAAUCACAGUACAACACAUUCCUAGAUCGUUUAACAAAUAAAAGGAAACAGAACACUAAUCAAGUUGAACCUCGACCAAGCAAUGAACGCUCUCCUAGCAUUGUACUAGGUGGUGGGAAACCCAUAGUGCCACCCAGUGUAAAUCCAUUACUGGCCCAAUCUCUAAAUCCAUCAAUGAAAGCACAAAUACCAGAAGCUAAGCAAACUCAAUUUGUUCAUCCUGAUCUUAUAAAACCUAAGCAAACUGUAAACAUGGACACGACGCCGCCACGCCUCCUCCAACACGAUAGUAAUCAAAGCACACCUUCAGUCACAAAUGCGGGUAGUUCUGUUGGAACUCUAGACGAAUUUUAUGCUGGUGCACUAGAUAGUAGCUUCUUGGAGGAUCUAACACCUUUGUCUAGUAGUAGACAGGAGAUACAAUUUGAAUCGGAAAGUGAUGAUGACACUACAAAUCCAAAAGUUACAGUAGAUGAAGAUGAUCUUGAUAUCGAUACUUUUUCGACUGAAUUGACACAAAAAACAAAGCUGCAACAAAAAGACCAGCUAGUGGAAACAGAUUUACAUAAAACGAUUGAAAGAAAUACAAGCCAAAAGCGAGAGAGUGAAACGGAAUUUGAAAAGACAUCAAAUCCAGAUAUAAAUUUACCUAUAUUUGAAAAUAGACAUAACAUCCAAUUGUCUUUGGAUAAUGACUUCCCUCUAUGGAGUGGUGACUCUAGCGUUAGAAGAUCACCUGAAGGUGGCGAAGAUCCUGAUGCCCUUAAAGAUCCUGGUGAUAAGUCUGAAAAAAAACACCACAAGAAGAAAAAGUCCAAAGAUAAAGACCGCGGCGACUACAGUGAGAUAUCAGAACGCAAAGAGAAGAAACAAAAACGUAAGAAGUCUAAAAGUGAAAAAAAACCCAAUCCUCAGCAGGACUUGUUAGCGCCUUCAGGAUCUGUAGACUUUGACUAUGCAGAAUAUGAUAGCAUUUAACAAAAUACGAAUAAGUUCUAAUAGCUUGUUUCUGUAAUUGUAUGUUAUGUACUUAACAAAAUCUAUAAUGCAUCGCCUUUAAGCUAAUUUUGUGCCUGCCUUAUUUUCUUUUAUAGCCAUACUAUUUGUCUAUUAGCUAUAAGAAAAAUGAAAAUUUAAUCCGUUUUGCGAUAACAUUCCAGCUACGAGAUUUCAAAAAUAGGAAUAGUCAUUUACAUACAGGGUGUAACGGGAAGUAAACUGAAACUAUGUUCCUGAGUGCUUAGUGCGAGUUUGUUAACGUUCUCGAUAGCGUAAAAGUUAACCCAAUUUUGUAUGCAGUUGGAACAGCGCCCCUAGCGGCAAUCGUACGCAAACGAUUCCAUUCCAUACAAAUAUGAGCUAACUUUUACGCUAUCGAGAACGUUAAAAAACUCGCACUAAGCACACUGUACUAAACUUUAUGAUAACGCAAACACAACGGGCAGCCGCGUUCUCUCGAGACCGUAUUAUGCGCGUUAAUUUAUUUCUCAUGGGUUGAAUUGCGUGCCAUGCAAAAAUACUAUGAAAUUAAACUAUGUGGUAACGAUGUUAUUAGUUACAUCGUGUCUGGCAUUAUCCAUCACUUGCCUUAGUGUACGGGACAGUUCUUCAAAAUCCUGAAUUUAAAAAAAAAAAAAUCUGUGCUUGCCAUUUUAUAAACAUUUUCAAAGGCUACAUUAAUUAUGUAAUUGUUUUAUUUAUAAUUAUCCUUAGUUAAAUUUAUAAUGAAGCGUUCUAGUUAAACAUCUCGAAUAUUAUUUUAAUAUUUAGAAAAUAAAUUUUGAAAUUUCAGUACAUUAUUGUUGAUUAAAUAAUAGAAUGAGUUCGCCAACUAAGUAUAUACUUACGUUUGUUUGUGCAAUAAAGAAAUUAUCUAUCUAUAUUAUAGUCAUGAAUCUUAUGUAUUUAUUUGUAUAUAUUGUGACUAAAUUGGUCGUAAUAGAAUUGUAAUUGUUAUAACCUUCGAUUUGAUUGUCAUGCCUUCACUGUCAUAAUUUAUAUUAGGUAUAGAUAGGUACCUAAAUACCAAACAUACCUACUGUAAGAUCAGAAAAAAAAACAUUGUAAAAGAAACUAAUCAGUAUGAUCUGCGUAAUAUUUUUAUAAAUAUUAAUUGCUUGUUAAAUAUUAAACAUUUAUAUUGUCAUUAUUUUUA